AUGGAUUCACUGACCAAACGACCGAGAAAUACAAUAAUGUCAACGUUUGCAAAAAUGACCAAAGUUCGCAGGAGGAGAGAGAUGUUUCUUUAUCAGAUCGGCGUCUCCUGCAGCAUUCUGUUCCUCGCGUGGUGUAUGUGCAGCCUCUUAUCGAGACUAGAACACGAAAAACAGACUGGACACCAAGCCACACUGGACCCAAGGUGGUGGAGCAGGAGGCUAAUGGUGGCAACAACAGCCAACGACACACCAGCAAAGAACUGCACCGAGCCAGCUAUCCGCGAAUUUCCAAGUGACCUGUUUACCAAUAAGGAGAGGCAACAAGGAGGAGUAUUACUUCAUAUAGCGGGAGCUGUGUAUAUGUUUUACGCACUAGCUAUAGUUUGUGAUGACUUCUUUGUUCCAGCUUUAGAAAAAAUCUGUGAGAGAUUACAUUUGAGUGAAGAUGUAGCUGGUGCCACGUUCAUGGCAGCUGGAAGCUCAGCACCUGAACUGUUUGCUUCAGUUAUUGGAGUCUUCAUCACCCAUGGAGAUGUCGGAGUUGGAACAAUUGUUGGUUCGGCAGUAUUUAACAUACUGUGUAUCAUUGGUGUCUGUGGAAUCUUUGGAGGGCAGAUCGUAUAUCUGACACAGUGGUCUGUGUUCAGGGAUUCAUUAUACUACACCAUAUCAGUGAUUCUGCUUAUUGUGUUUAUCUAUGAUGAGAAAAUUGAAUGGUGGGAAGGCCUUUUCCUGAUCCUAAUGUACGCAGGCUAUAUACUUGUGAUGAAAUUCAAUACCAAGAUGCAGAAUUGUUUUGUGAGCAAGCUGACGAAGAAUGGCAAUGUGAUUGGCAAUGAAAUGGAGGAUGGUAAUGUUGACUAUCCCAAUAUUUGUGAUGACCCAUUUCUCCCAUUGUUAACUCAAGUUCAAUCUGCCAAUGGUGUGGACAAGGAAAUCUGCGUCGCUGAGAAAUGUGACAAUAUUGAAAAUGGAAAUGUUCCUCUGGAUAAAAAUACAAAAGAAGACAUCAAUGAGAAUGAAAAUGAGCCUGAAUUUACGACACCAUUUUCUCUACCAGGGGGAUAUUUGAAUAAGAUGAAGUGGCUAAGUUCAUGGCCAGUACUGGUUAUGCUAUUCUUCACCGUCCCUAACAGUGCAAAACCUCGCUGGGAGAAUUUCUUCAUGCUAACCUUUUUCAUGUCCACUCUGUGGAUUGCAGUCUUUUCUUAUUUAAUGGUAUGGAUGGUAACUGUAACAGGGUAUACACUGGGAAUUCCGGAUAUUAUCAUGGGAAUCACAUUUCUGGCAGCAGGAACAAGUGUUCCAGAUUGCAUGGCUAGUUUAAUAGUGGCCAGACAAGGGAUGGGCAAUAUGGCAGUGUCUAACACAAUAGGAAGCAAUGUCUUUGACAUUCUUGUGGGCCUAGGUCUUCCAUGGGGUCUUCAGACAAUGGUUAUUAACACUGGUUCCGUUGUACGCAUCAACAGCAGAGGUCUGGUUUAUUCUGUCAUACUUCUUCUAGGAUCCGUAGCGCUCACAGUGGCUGGUAUCCACGUGAAUGGAUGGAAACUGGAUAAAAAACUUGGUAUUUAUGUGCUCACGCUCUAUGCUAUUUUCUUGUGUUUCUCAAUAAUGAUCGAAUUCAAUGUGUUUACCUUUGUCAACCUGCCAAUGUGCCAAGACAACAUUUAA